AGGAGCUAGUUAUACUCCUUGCCCUCAGUGAGGCUGUGGUCUCGUGUGCACACACACCCCUCCAGGACAACGUAGAAAGUGGCACGCAUCACAGAGAUGGAAAUAAAGAGGAGAAGAGAAUUCCUUCUGACAUCAGCAAGAAGAGCCUGGGGGAUUUCCUCUCCCAGGAGCCCCCGGAAGGACACACCACAGAUGCAGGAAGACUUUGGGCAAGGACAGCCCAGCUGAAGGGAGGCAUCCAGGAGAGACCAUGGAGGUAGCCCUGGAAUCCCAGGCCCAGGCCUCUCCCCGAUCAGAGCCUGAAGAGCUCCUGAUUGUGAAGCUGGAGGAGGACUCAUGGAGACCAGACUCCCAGCCCCAGGAGAAGGACCUCAACCCUGUCCCUGGCCCCGAGGCCUCCCGCCAGCGCUUCAGGCAGUUCCAGUACAGGGAUGCGGCGGGACCCCACGAGGCCUUCAGUCAGCUCUGGGCGCUCUGCUGUCAUUGGCUGAGGCCCGAGAUCCGCCUCAAAGAGCAGAUCCUGGAGCUGCUGGUGCUGGAGCAGUUCCUGACUAUCCUACCCAGGGAGGUCCAGGCCUGGGUACAGGCGCGCCACCCUGAGAGCGGUGAGGAGGCGGUGGCCCUGGUGGAGGAUUGGCACCGAGAGGCCCAGGCUGCGGGACAGCAGGUGAGGCAAAUAGUCUGUGUCCUCCAAGGAGCGGGUCAGGAACUGGAAUUGUGUGCAGAAGAGACCAGGUCCUUAAAGACAGUGAAGGAAUCUCAGAGCUUCCCGCUGCAGCCAGCAGAUCACCAGCCUGAGGGACAGUCCCAGAAGCAGUGGGUGAAGAAUCCAUGUCCUGACUUUCCCAAGCAUCUAGACACCAAGAUGGUACCACAGCCCUUGAAAGAGAGUGCUGUCCUCACGCCCCGAGUCCCUGCUCUCCCAAAGAUGGGGAGCGUUGGAGAUUGGGAGGUGACAGCAGAGUCCCAGGAAGCCCUGGGCCCCGGCAGACAUGCUGAGAAGGAGUUCUGCAGGGACCCCCCAGGAGACAGCUGUGGGAACGGCGUGCCCCUGGGAGUUCCAGUUUCAAAACCAGCCAUCAUCUCCCAGCGAGAUCAUGGACCAGAAUUUUGGGGUCCAGGCCUUAUAAAUUCUGGGGAAAAGAGCCCUGCAGAUUACAGGGAUACUGAGCAAGCAAAACCAGCUCAGGCACUGGCCUGGAGGGACUCCAAGGCCUGGGAAGAGCGAUCCCGGUGGGAGGUAGAGGACGUGAAAGUGUCAGGAGUGCACUGGAGCUACGAGGAGACCAAGACCUUCCUAGCAAUUUUGAGUGAGUCUCCUUUUUCUGAAAAACUUCGGACUUGUCACCAGAACCGCCAGGUGUACCGGGCCAUUGCAGAGCGGCUGAGGGCACGGGGCUUCCUGCGGACCUUGGAGCAGUGUCGCUAUAGAGUCAAAAACCUCCUACGGAAUUACCGGAAAGCCAAGAGCAGCCACCCGCCUGGUACCUGCCCCUUCUAUGAGGAGCUGGAGGCGCUGGUGAAGGCCCGGGCAGCCCUCAGAGCCUCAGGGGGCCACGGAGCGGCUGUGGCUCUCCCCAGGCUGGGGGAUAGUGACAUGGAAGUGGAUGAGCAGGAGGAAGGGGGCUGGGAGCCUGAGGAAACAGCCGAAGACUGUAAUGGAGAUGACCUAACCACCGAGGAGUCUGGCCAGGGCCCCAGGAUUCCAGGGGGCCCAGCUAUGUUCCAGAGUCGGAUUGCAGGUGUGCACUGGGGCUAUGAGGAGACCAAAGCCUUCCUGACCAUCCUCAGUGAGUCCCCAUUCUCUGAAAAGCUUCGCACCUGUCACCAGAACAGCCAAGUGUACCGGGCCAUUGCAGAGCGACUCUGUGCACAAGGCUUCCUGCGGACUCUGGAGCAGUGUCGCUACAGAUUCAAAAACCUCCUUCGAAGCUACCGGAAAGCCAAGAGCAGCCACCCCCCUGGGACCUGCCCCUUCUAUGAGGAGCUGGACUCGCUGAUGAGGGCCCGGACUGCAGUUCGAGAUGUGGCGACCAGCAAGGAGGUAGCGGGUCUCCCUACCUCUGGGCAGAGCAGUGCGGAGGCUGUCAACCAGGAGGCCUGGGAUGAGAUGGCAGAUGAAGAUGCCAUCAAACCUCCCAUCCCAAGUCCUAAAAUCCUAGACACUGGUUUUGAGAUGAGGCAUGAGGAUGAAGACCAGAUUUCAGAGCAGGACAUUUUUGAAGAUUUACCUGGAGCCUUAUCAACGUGUGCUGCCGAGAACAACUGCUACCCUCACGACUGGGGGGAGGACAGUGAGAAUGAAAACGAAGGUAAAGGGCGGUGGGGAAACCCAUCCCAGGAACAGUGGGAAGAGUGUUCUUCCGAAGAGGAUUUAGAAAAACUCAUCGACCAGCAAGGCCUGUACCUUGCAGAGAAACCCUAUAAGUGUGACAUGUGUGUGAAAAGCUUCAGCCGGAACUCGCAGUUAAUCGCCCACCAGCGGACACACACAGGUGAGAAGCCCUACAAAUGCCUUGAAUGCGGCAGAAGCUUCAGUGACCGCUCCAACUUCAAUACCCACCAGAGAAUCCACACUGGAGAGAAGCCCUACAGAUGCCUUGAAUGUGGGAAAAGCUUUAGCGACCACUCCAAUCUCAUCACCCACCAGAGAACGCACACAAGGGUCAAGCCCUAUAAGUGUGGAGAAUGUUGGGAAAGCUUCACCCAGAGCUCAAACCUUCUGAAACAUCAGAGAACCCACAUGGGAGGAAAUCCUGACCCCUGCAGGGAGCCUGGGGGAAACUCCAGCCAAAGCCCAUCCUUUCCCUUACACUGGAGGACCUCCGUACAGGAGACAUCUCCAGGACAACCUCGAAGUGCCAGUAAGAACGUGCAUUCUCCUGGACCGCCCAGCACCAACUCAGGGGAGAGAUUUUACGAGUGUUCUGAAUGUGGAAGAUGCUUCUCUAAGAGCUCUGCCCUCAUCAGCCACCAAAGAAUCCACACAGGACAGAAACCCUACGAAUGUGCUGAAUGCGGGAAAAGCUUCAGCAAGAGCUCCACGCUGGCCAACCACCAGCGCACCCACACCGGGGAGAAGCCGUUUGAGUGCGCAGACUGCGGGAAGUGCUUCGGGGAGCGCUCCAAGCUCAUCACACACCAGAGAGUGCACACGGGGGAGAAGCCCUACAAGUGCCUCGAGUGUGGGAAGUUCUUCCGUGACCGUUCCAACCUCAUCACCCACCAGCGGAUCCACACAGGAGAGAAGCCUUAUAAGUGCAGAGAGUGCGGGAAGUGCUUUAACCAGAGCUCCAGUCUCAUCAUCCACCAGAGGAUCCACACUGGGGAGAAGCCCUACAAGUGUACGGAGUGCGGCAAAGAUUUCAACAAUAGCUCCCACUUCAGCGCCCACCGCAGAACCCAUGCAGCAGGGAAGGCCUCGUAGGAGACUCCUCCCCUGACGGCGGCAGAGAGGAAUGCAUAUUUGAAUCGCCCACGAUCCUCAGACGUGUGCUAGAGAGAAACUGUCCCAAUUUUUAAGCCCGGCGUGUACCCGGGGAAGUUAUCCUGGUAUCACCCAGGUAAUCUGGAAGUGAAUUACAGAUGCUAAGGAUCCAGGUUUGAAGGCGCUUUUCUUAACUGUAACGUGUUUUCCUCCUGCGAAAAACCCACGCAUCGUCCUCAGGCUGCCCUUAUAUUUGCUGUCAUGUAAGAGCUGUAUCAGUGUUUGAGCCCGGCUGGUUACUUAGGGGAUUAGAGGUGAAGCAGCGGUCCUGAGCAGUGAUUCCAGACCUCGCUGUGCCUUUGUAUACGUGUCCCAUUGGUGCGCAUGGGCAAAUCGUCCUACAUGGCACUUUUCCCCUGGGGCGUAACCUUCUUGAAGAACUUUGAGACUCUCCAGGGAGAGGGGGGCAUAAUUGGCGAAUCAGUGGCCUAGAGCAGGCUGCCAUGAGCUCAGCAGAGGGUGGGAACAACCGUGAUGUCAUUACUGGAUUGUGAUUAAUAAUAGCAAAAGUAGCCAGACUUACUGAGCUCUUGGACAGGCUCUGUGCUCAGCACUUUAUACACAUCAUCUCAUUUACGCCUCGCAGCAGCCCCAGGUGGUACUAAUAUUUCCCUCAUUUCCCAGAGAAGUGACUUGCUUGGGUCACUCGUCUGAAAAUAGCAGAGGCAGGGUUCACCCAGAUCUGUCUCUAGGGCCCAAGGUGCUCUCACCACUACGCUGGAUCCCCUUUCACAUCAGGGCAGGUAACUCAGGUGCCAAAGCACUUUGUAGACCACGUUUCCUGUUAAAACUCCCUGUGAAUUCUUUUUUUUUUUUUUUUUUUUUUGAUAAAUAUGGACACCGAGAACCCUAAAAGAUUGAAGAACUUGGGAUGGUCAGAAUUGGCAGCAUGCUUGGAGCAAGGCUGAGUGAUUAUCAAAGCACUAGAUGUGAAUUUCCAUCUUCCCAGUAAGAUGGGUGAGAGAUAGAGGUGAGUUGAGAUUGGGAAUAGGUAGCUAACGUCAUGUUUGUUCGUGAGGUACUGCUUUGGCGAAGGAAAUGGGGUUUUUCAGAAUUUCCCUUUUCUCAGGGGAUCAGUUCUGCUUCUUGUUAGACUUGGCUGGGUCGUAGGUUAAACCCCAAGGAACCUGGGCUUCCUGGCCAGGGCUCACUCACCCCUGUGUGUUUGCCCACCCCCGGCCCUUGGCACGGCAGAAGCUUUGUACCAAGACUGAGGCCAGAAGGGAGGUGGGAGGGGUCCGUGUGUGCAGCACCACAGAGGAGGCUAUGGACACCGCUCCGCAUGCUAGAUUCGUGGUGCAGUUUUAGUCUGAGCCAUCUUGUCCCAGGCUCCCCAGUGCUUUCUAACUGUUGUCCAUAAAGACUCACCUCCAGCACUGACAGGCGCCACCAGAAAGGUUCCCACAGGAUGGUUUUCUAAUUUGUAGUACUUGGGCCACCAGAAUGUCUCCUUAAGAGGGUUUAAAAAUGUUGGCCAAGAACUCUGGUUUCCAAAAGAUUUUAAAGGAAAAUCUGUCUCCUGACACCUACUCUGGGGUGAUACUGGGGUGCUGUUCAUGGCCUGGCCAUUUCAUGAACUUGGGAAGUACCUAUUUGAAAGAUAGUAGAUGUGAUGGUACCUUGAAGAAUGAACCUUUCUAUUCACAUGUGUGGAAGUCAUGGGAGGGAUUUGCACCCCCACAAAAGAUGCUCACUCCUUGACCCCUUCCUCUGCUUCCCAACAACCACCAGCUCACUUGGGAUCACCACCUGUCACCCUCUUCCCAGCUUACCUUUCCUGGUUCACCUUAUCUCUGAGGAGCAGGGAUCAUAGGUGAGCCUUGGCUUUGAGCCAGCAGGUGUCAGUAACUGCAACAGUAAGUGGUGGCUAGGGCAGCAUGUGAACCAAGAGGAAGGAUUCCCCAGGAGCGGGAGGGCGGUCUAGGGAGAGGCACAGUGCUGGGAAAUAGCAUGGAUGGAGGGUAGGGCCAUAGCCUCUUAGCACUGUUGGGGUGCAGAAUGGGAGGUGGGGGGCAUUAGGAACUGAGGUUGGAGGGAUGCUGGGGCAGAGUCAUGGCUCUUGGGAAACCGCAUGGCUGAGUGGAGCUGGGGCACUGGACUGAGGGGGACAUGGUCAGAUUUGCAUUGUUGAAAUCUAAUAGCUGAAUGCAACUUGGGAUAUGCUGCAGUGAGGACAACUUGUUGGGGCACUGUGGCAGUAAUUCCAGUUACAAGUAGGGGUCUGAACUAGAGCAGUGGUCAUGCUGGAGAGGGGGGGUUUGCAUUGGAGAGGUUUCCCAGACAGAGCGGAGGACAGCAGAGUAAAGCUAGAAUGCCUCGGGUGACUUGGUGGGGGGCCUGCCAUCAUUCAGAACUGGGACGACAGGCUGGUGAGGCAGAGAGGGCAGGAGGGCAGAUCAGACAUUUGGGACACUUUGAACUUGAGGUUCCUAAGGGACAUCCAAGAGGUGAUACACAGGAGGCAUUGGGCUAGCUGGGCCUGAAGCUGGGCCCAAACCACCAGAAAGUUGUCCGUACGCAUGGGAGUCACAUUCACGUUCAAGUCCUAGACAUGCUGGGCCCAGGACAGAACUUGAGCAGCACCUGUGCAGAGGAGGAGGCCCCUCAAAGAUCUAGACUACUCCCCAGUCCACCACCUCCUGCACACUCCAGCCAGCUUUCCGACACUGCUUCCGUGGCUGCUGACACCUGAAGUCUCAAGGUGGUCCUGAGUUUUCUGGAACCUUCCCUGGGGAAGCCAAGCUGAGCUCUGUGUAGAUGUGAGAUGGUAGCUCUCUCUCCCCUCAGCCGUCACUGGUUCCCCUGCUCUGGGAAGCGUGCUGGUGUCUCAUGUUCUCAAGUGAACCGCUUUGAUAUUUACUACCUGUUUUCCCUUCCUCAUGCCCUGAAAUCGAGGGCAGUGUGGGCUGGAAGAGAAAAUGGCCCCGGAGGACCUUUCCUCCUGGUGUACCUCCCUCUUCCUUUGGCAGAAGUUCUUUUCCAAGUGGCUUCCAUGUUUGGAGCCCGACCCAGGACUCUGCUGGGGCACCCAGAGGUCCUCCAGCAGGUCUGUGCUGCUCUGAAAACCCCGGCAUCUGGUUGACCCGUGCUCUUUGUUAGUGCGUGUCUGCUCUUAGGAAGUAGAUUCACCCCUCAGAAUGGACAGUUUCUCAGCCUGUGUGACCACAGGUCAGAUCCUAGAGUCGGACGUGGUGCAUGCCUCCCUGGGAAGGUGUCAUGUGUGAGCUGCACCCCUUGCUUGAUUCCUGUACCCCCCUCCUCGGAGGUGACUAAAAAAGGCACCGCAAAGACUCAGGGCACAAAUCCUGCAGCAGCCAGCAGACCAAAGGUAGGGGAGGGCAAGGAGGGGCCAGGCUGCUUUGGCUUCCUGGUUUUCUUCCUAGGCCUUGGCCCCAGCAGCUGAAGGUACAGUCAUGGCUUCCUCAGGCCUACUGUUGCCCCCAGCCCCUCCCUGAGGAGUGUAAGGCACCUGGGGUCCUCCCAUGCUGGAAAAUGAGCAGCCAGCACCCCUGGGUUCUCCCUGCCUCCCCCUGUCCUGGGCCCCCCAGGGCAGGGAGUUCUCUGCCCUCAGACUCCAGAAAAGAGUGUUUGUCCUUUUGUGGAGAGGAGUAACACUGUUGAGGCCAGAGGUGCAGAGGUUUUGAAGUAAUGAACGCAGUGACGUCCAGAGUGGGUGUGGGUGGCAGCAGUCUCCUCUCAGGCCACCCUGGUUCUGUAGCCUGGCCUUUGAUCCCAGCCCUGCCUCUCCUUCCAUUCAUUCACUCUUUCACAUGCAUUUUUAUUGCAGUGUAGCUGCUGAUAAUUAUAGGUUGCCUGGGGGCCAGCCCUGCGGUCACUCCUGGGCCCCUCCAGCCCCAGGCCCACCCACUUAGCAUGUGCGUUUAUGUGCGUUUACAGUCAGAGGCUCACAGAAAGCCUCCCCUGACUCAGCACAGUCACGGCCCCCAGACUCAUGCUCUCCCUUCUAAGGGCGUUUUCCAUUUAGGCUGCAGGAGUCUAAAUGGAAAAUAAGUCUUUCCAUGUAUGGCCUGGGAAAUCUCAACAGACUCAGAAUUCAUCAAGUGAAACAUCCCCUUACCUGAAUUUUGGUCCCUUAGCCUCCUGCUCUUAGGGGCACACACCCGUCUUAGGCCCUUGCCACGGUCUGUUAUGAGAGCUUAGUAUUGCCUGUAGUGGGGGGUCAGGAAGGCUUUGCAGGCCAGGUGGGGUUUGGGCUGGGCCUCGGCCUUGGAGGUGACUCGUUUGUCUUCCCACCGCCCGUGGCUGGUUCUCCGAACAUUCUCCAUGGCAGUAUUGCCACCAGCAUAUCUUUAGCACCAUUUCCUCCCCACUCUGAUUUUAGGCAAGUCUGGGAUUACCCCCAAAUGCAGUUUUUGGGGGAUGUGUGGCAAGUUUCUCACCUCACUGUUACUUCCCCCUCCCCACCCUGUGGCAGAAGGAUGCCCUGUCCUCCUCGCCCUUGCCUCGCUCACCUGGUCCCCGUCAGGAACCCUAGUCACCCCUCCCGUGCUGCUGGGAGGGAAGCUGAGGGCCGCAGAGCCCCUCUUCUCGGUGUGCUGUCAGGUCUCCUGCUUCUCAAGGCUGAGCGCUGCUUUGUUAGAAGAGCCACUUGGUUAAGUCAAGGCCAGGAUCCAGGUAAACCAUUUUGCCUAAACUCACUAGAAUAGAGAUCCACCUAGACAUGGAUUUUCUCAUCAGAGCAUGGCUGGUGAUUCUCGGCCUGUGAAGGUGACUCUGAUCCUGUCUGCCCACAUGUUGUACUUCUUUCUAAAAACACCUUUAUUGUUCACAUUUUCACUGUAGGAAGAUAGCCCCAUAGUCUUGCCAUCUAGGGGGUGAGGGCCACGGGGGGGAGAUGAGGAAAACAAGUCUACCUCUAAGGUUGCUUCUGGAUCAGCGUGACGUCUGUCUGAGUCCCAGCAGGAGAGGAGUGGUGGGCGCGGCUUGACAGCUGGGGAUCGCUGAAGUCUCGCGAGAGUCACUGGGGCUCAGGGGACCCUACUUUGGAGCCAGGUGACCAGUGUGGCCCAGAGGGGAAAGGGCUCCUCUCCCUCCUUCCACACGGAACACAGCUUGGCUUGAGUGCCUUGGGGAAUUCACUGACCAGAGUAGCUUAUGCGUGUUUAGAGGUGGUGGAGACCAGCAGGUGGUGGGUCAGGGGGGGUGCCCCAGAGGUGGUGGUGCCUGCAGACUUCACCCAGGGGGCCAGGCCAGGAGCACCUGCUAUGGACAGCACCUGAUAGGGGCUUGUUCAGGAUCACAUACCGAAGUUCCCAGAAAUAGACGGAGAAGGGGAGGCCGCCUGGUCUGAAGGUCAUCCUGAUCCCAUCUGGUAUGUCCUGGGGGGAAGAGCAACCACAGAUGUUAUCUCAGGGACCCUUCUUGAGCAACUAAUUUCUUAAGGAAACUAGACUUUUGUGACUGACUGUCGUUCCCUGUUGGUGACUGUGGCAUUAAAGUGGAUAAAAUGUUGGCCACUAGGAGGCUCAGAGAUUUAAGGUCCAAACCUAAAAAUAGAACAGGCUCUUUUGAUUUGCCAUUUGUGCAUCAACCCCUGCCUUCUUUGACUUUGUUUUCACCUCCCUAUCCUUUAUUGUUUUCUUUUUCCUGUGAUAUUAUGUACAUCUCUUUUAAAACUAGUCAAAUCCUAUUUUGAGAUGAAGUGACUUGAUAAAUUAAUAAAUUGUAUUAACUGAACUGCAACAAGAGAAAAAGAAGGAACUUGGGUUCUUCUGUCAUCACACUGGUUACACAGAAGCAUGGAGGAAAGGAGCGGGGAAGUUGGGGACACAGUGCGGCCGUCAGGAAGCACGGGGGCCCAAGAUCUUGUGUUGGACUGGCAUUUUCCUUUCACUGUUCGAUGGGGCUCUUCAGACGUAAGUAGAGGUGUGUCGCCCUGGAGUCCUGGCCUUUUGUUUGUAACAGAUGGCUCCUUGGUCUGCUGGCCUUCUUCACACAGAUGCCCCAGGGUCUCUGUGCUGGGGAAUCGGAGGUAUCUGGGACCUAAAUAUCAUAAGGGUGGUGACAGAUGGAAAGAGAGGAAGGCAUCCAAAGGCCUGAACUCACCUGACUCUUCUGAUCUGCUGCCCAGUUCAGGACCAGGGCUGACACACUGUGUAUUUGAGAAGGAGGGGGGAGCUGGAGAGUCUUUAUGGGGGUUCUUUCCCCUCUUUCCUCCGACACCCCCCUCUUCUGGUAACAUCCAGCUGGUGAUGUGCAGCUCGAGGUUGAGGUUUCCUUUAUGAACUCUUACUCUUUCAUCCUUGUUAAAUGUGGUCUAGGCAGCUCUUUGCCUUUUAGACACCUAUCCUUGAAUUCGGAUCGUGAAUUAGAGAAAGAGUUAUAGUUCACAGUUUGACAAGAUUUUGAUCAGACUCCACAGGAAACUGUUUCUUCCUGUAGGAGUCAGAAUCGCAAGUGUAGGUUUAGUAGCGAUUGGAACGUACUAAUGUCCUGUACAUUUUGGGACAAAGAUGAGAUAUGGGGGAAAAUGAUCUCUGGUCUCCCAGGAAGAGAAGUUCUGGCUCUUGUUUACAUGUUUUCAUGGAACUUCUUUCUAGCACUUGCUCCAGCUGUGGCCAGAGCCCCAGGGUUUGCCUUCCUGGAGACAGGACAGAGGCCAUAGACAACUCAUGGUCAUGCUCUUGCUGUUAGCAAGGUCGAGAGGUCAGUUAAUUGGGGUCCACGAAGGGUAACCAGGCAGAAGCAGAGCUGGCCGGGGCUGUAGGUGAGAAACCUACCUGAGGGAAAUGCUUGUGGAUUGGACCAGCUCUCCGUUGGCCCCAUGUCCACAGGCUGCUGGGGCUCCUCUUGCUGGAAGUUCUGGGCUGAAGCAGGAACUUGAUUGGCAGGGCAGCCGGCCCCCAGCUAGGCUUCGAGAAUCACCAGAUAGAUCCGGGUGUCCUUGGGGUUGAGGUCUGAAGAGGAGGCAUUUGGGAUCCCGUAGUUACAGGGCUCAGGCAGCUAGAGGAAGGAGCCAGGUCAGGGUCAAAGGAAGGCUUGGAAGCAGAGAGGGGAGCAGGUUGGAAAGGGUGAUGGGUGUAUGGGGAGGGGAGAGAAACAGGGAAGAGGAGCCAAGGGGCAGGCAGGGGAGGAGGCAGCCAGAGUUGGAAGAGAGGAAGGCUGAGAGGUGGAGGUGGGGGUUGGCUGUCCUGGUGUCUGGUGAGUGAGGUGGGGGAUGGGGCGGGCGGAACUGAAGCGGGGGCAGGAAUUGGAGCAGGUGGAGGGCAGGGAAGCAGGAAACGGGAGGCAGCUUCUUCACGGUUCUCAGGUUAGAAAUGGAGGGCUUGGACUGCUUGGGUCAGUAUCUUAUAUCCUUCCCCUGUUCCACCCUCCUGUGACCUGGACUCCGGAGUCACCAAGGUCAAGUAUGCUUGGCUGCACUGUCCUGUAUGGUAGCCACCAGCUACACGUGCUGUUGAACCCUCCAAAUGUCGCUAGUCUGAACCAAGAUAUGUUGAAAUGUGUAAUAUAUACACCAGAUUUUGAGUACUUAUAUGAAAAAAAUGCAAACUAUCUCAAUAUUUUUUAUUUUGGUUACAUCUUGAAAUGAUAAUAUUUAGGAUAUGUUGGGUUAAAUAAAAUAUAUUAUUCAAAUUA